UAUUGUCGAAUCUCGUGUUCUUUCUUUUAAAUUAAAAUCGACCAAAAAUAGGUCUUACAGCAUGUGGUGAUGAAAAUGCACAAAGAAAUUCGAUAGCAUCCGCAGCAUGAUUGGGAAACCUUAAUAUUUAUAGACAUGACGAAACCAUGUGAAACGUAUGCUUUAGGAAAAAUUGGCAAUCAUUCGUACUGGGAAAGAGGCAAUACUGUAGCAAUAUUGCUGAAAGAGUGAAAGGUAUUUUACCUACAUAUUUUACCUGCUAGCUGAGAAGAGGGAAACCGGGUGUCUCUUCAUCCGAAAAUUAACAACUAUAGGAGAACUCAAACAAGAGGGAGUCGAGAACCGAAAGAGAGAGAGACAAGACACGACAAUUUUACGGUGUAAUGUCCCCCAAUACUAGGGGGAUAAAAAACAGUUACAGAGGUCUCACAUUUGGGAUACAGGGAUCAGAGACAUGUUUUAUGUAAAGGAAUCCGACCAAAUUUUCCAGUUGGAACAGGCAUGGGACCAUUCGGUUACGGAUACUUUAUACGAAGACUCAUCGCAACUCUAGGCCUACUCCUUAUAACAUGCGAUUGUGUGGAUUCCACUAGAGAUGUUCUGGACCUUAUUUCGAACCUUCAGAGUCGCACUGGAUUUACAAACAUCACGGGGCAAAAUAAUCUCACAUCAGCCAUUUAUUUGCAAGAUUCCAGUAGGAACGUAGCAGUUUCAGAUAACUUGUUGAGGAAAGCUUUAAGGAUUUUUAAAGACAAUAGUGAAUUAACUUUUUUAGCAACCAUGAAGCAGGAAAUAGGAAACUCUGGUAGCAUUUUAGCUUUUUCUUCAGAUAUUUACAGGUUUUUUGAGAUUGAAAGUAGUGGCCAACAAGAUGAAAUUCGUGUGCACUACAGACAUGACCAACACCAUUAUGUUUUAACAUUCCCAUACAGACUAGCUGACAAUAGGUGGCACAAACUGGCUGUGACCUUGACAGCCAAUCAUGUGACCAUAUUUGUGGACUGUUUGAAAAUUUACGAACAUGACAUUCAAAUCGUGGAUCGUGUUCCACCAUCGUCAAAUAUUCAGUUAUUUGUGGGUCAGCGAAACAGGCAACAUGCAUUAUUUAGGGGGGGAUUACAAGAUGUACAAAUAGUCACACAAGCUCAUGGAUAUGUUUUACAAUGUCCAAAUCAAGAAACAGAUUGCCCAACAUGUUCACAGUAUCAAGCAUUAGAAGAACAGCUCCAGAGAGCAGAGAAGAGGAUCAAAGAACUAGAGCAGUGUGAAUGUCAUAAAGGUUGUCGCUACAAUGGGACGUCCAAAAAGGAGGGGGAGGUUUGGCACCCUGACCAGUGCACGCUCUGUGACUGUAAGAAUGGGACUGUACAGUGUAGGAAGACUGACUGCCUCCCUGCCCCCUGUGAUCACCCUGUAUACAUAGAAGGAAAGUGCUGCCCUCUAUGUAUGACCAACUGUUACUUCGAUGGGAAGUAUUACCAUCAUGGAGAGAGUGUCAGUCCAAAAUUGUGUGUCACCUGCACAUGUAAUGAUGGCAAUAUGGAGUGUGAGAAGAUGGACCUAGAGGUUAGCUGUCCCAAUCUGAAUUGUCCUGAAGAGAAAAGACUGCACAUCGAGGGGGAGUGCUGCCCAGUUUGUAAGGGUACAGAUUUCUGUGGCCUUGGCAACAAUUGCCACUCAAAUGCAUCCUGCAUUAACUUGUCAACCAGGUUUGCCUGUCAGUGUUUACCGGGUUACCGUGGUGAUGGUGUCCAUUGUGAAGAUGUUGAUGAAUGCCUAACAAAAGGAGGAAAAUAUGGUCACCAUUGUAAUGGUCAAACCAUUUGUGAAAACACAGUGGGGUCAUACUUAUGCAAGUGUCCCUCUGGUCAUAUUCCAGAGGAUCCUUAUAACUGUACAAGUUCAGGCUACGAUUUUUCUAAUUCAGCCCCAGGAAGGGAAAGUGAUGGAACUUUGCUAAUGACAUUCUGUUCCCUAAUCCUGGUGAUUUUGUGGGUUUCUGGUGUCAGAUAAUGGUGCAAUCUGCCAUUAGAUUAAAACGUUGUUAUGACCAUGAUUCUGAGUAUGAGCAGCCAUCUUUCUUGGUUGGUUGCGCAGAGUGUUCAUGUGAAUACGAAAUGUUCCAUCAAGAAAAAUUCCAUUUUUUAAGCCUAUAAAACAGUUGAUUUUGAUUUAAUUAAAUGCAGAAGUGAAAGCCUUUUGUUACUUUGUGAUUUUUCUUGCUUGAUAGCUAGAAAAUGUGGCUGAUAAAGCAUCAAUGUAUUUUGUAAUAUUCAAUCAUAAUUUUACCGAUAAAAAUGAGUAGAAAUUAACAUAAUUAUAUAUUCAGAAACAUGUAGAUAUAAAAUUAUGUAAAAACUUCAUGCAUAUUCCAUAAUCAAGAAAUAAAUAUUGUGACUGUUACUUGCACUGUUGUUUAUUAAGAAUUAAUUUGUCACUGAUGAUUAAUUGAUACAUUACGUAUUAUUAUGUAUAAUAUGGUAUGGCUGUAUGAUGUUCAUAGUUCAUUUGUUGGAGAAAUGGAAUUAUUUUUUAUUACUACAUUUGUGAUAUAAAUGUUUGAAUGUUAUGAGGUUAGAUUGAUUGGCAUUCUUAUUAAUUGUUGUGAUUUGUUAAUUAUUGUAAGAUCUAUUUUCAUUAAGAUGAAAUGAGUGAUGCAGAAGCAUUAAUUUUUCUGCUGCUGUAAAACUGCUGAAAAUUGUCAGAGUCUGGUAACAUAUUGCAAUAUGCAUAUACACCAAAAAAGUAAGAGACUCUUUGUCUGUCUCAAGAUAAAGCUACAGUCAAAUAAGGAAAUAGCUUUACAUCUCCAUAAAGCUAUUUGUUCAUCAUGUGACAUGACGGCUAGAACAGCCUCCUUGCUGUAUGUGGCCUAGUAAUACACUGGGUGUGGCUUGCAGACUUGAAUUUCUAAUUAUAUUGAGAAAAAUAAUGUAAAUAUCUCCUUUUUUUAUUGAGCAAAAAAUGUAAAUUUAGGGAGUGAUGAUAAAACAGUUUAGUGCUCAUGUAAUAAUUUUAUGCAUAAACACCUACAGUGUUUAUGCAAAUUAUCACAUGUGCAAACUGUUUGAUCACAUCAUAAAACCAAAAAACUAGAUGGUCAACCAGAAACACCUUGCCCUAUCCUAAUUACAGUUGAAUGUCAGUAUAUCGAACAUUAGUUGAAAACUCAAAUACCAUGGAUAUGUCGAAGUGAGAUGGAAGUCUCAAUUAUUUUUUCUCGGAGUAUUUUAACCGAUGUGUCUGGAAUCCUUGGAUAUGUCCUCUUUUUUUAUUCCAUUAAGUUCAAGAUAAUGAGGAUUGAUUGUACUUACAUCCAAUUGAUAUGUUGAUAUAUAGUAUCUCUUGCUGACAAAAUCUGGAUUUUUUUUUAUAAUUAGUCAUGUUCCAAUUUAAAUUUGUUUCCAAAAAAGGUAAAUUGAACUGUAUUUUAGAAA